ACAUCCCUAGUUCCAAGAUUGACUGCCAAGGCAGCGAGCGAGUAACUUGAAUUUCUAGAAAAUUCCAAAUAUUUAACAAUAAACAGCACCAAACGCCAACUGCCAGGCAACACAAACAUAGGCGGAGGACACGCGAAUGCGAUUAUCACAGCGAGUUUAAUACAGCAAAGAGCAGACAAAAGCAAAAGCCAUGGCCAAGUGGGGAGAAGGAGAUCCACGCUGGAUUGUCGAGGAGCGACCCGAUGCGACGAAUGUGAACAAUUGGCAUUGGACGGAAAAGAAUGCGACACCCUGGUCCAAGGAGAGAUUGCAACAGUUGUUCGAUGACUUUAAAAUCGUGCAAAGUGAUAUCGAGUGCGCUGUGGAUGCGGUGGACAAGUGCACCGGGGAGGCAACUGUGAACAAUCGCAAGGGCAAACUGAUAUUCUUCUAUGAAUGGGAAUUGGUCUUGAAGUGGUCUGGCCGUCUGCUCAAAAAUAGCAAACUGAGCCACAAGGGUAAACUGACAAUCCCCAAUCUAUCCGAGGAGAAUAGUCUGGAGGAUGUGGAACUAACGGUGACCAUUGAUGAGAGCAACGAUGAGUCCGAGACGCUUAAACAAUUCAUGUACAAUGUGGGACGUGAGCGUGUGCGCCAACAGCUGGGCGUCUACAUCAAGGAGCUGAAGGAGGAGUAUUCCAAGAACUUGAUACUACCAAAGAAAGGUGACGAUGGCAGCGGCGGCGCCCUGAAGGAUGCCAACAAUGCGAAGAAUGCCGCCCAACAGAAGGCAGCGACUGGUGUCACAUCAUCAUCGUCAUCGAUCAACAGCAACAGCAAGAGCAGCAGCGUUGGCUGCAAGCUGGACGUGCGCACGUUGUCCAUGUGCGAGGAGUUCCACUGUAAUGCCAACGAUCUGUACAACGCACUAACAAAGCCCGACAUGGUCACAGCAUUCACACGUGCCCCGGCCAAAGUCGAUGCUGUGCGUGGUGGCGAAUUCGUCCUCUAUGGCGGCAAUGUGCUGGGCAAGUUUGAGGAACUGGUGCCCGAGAAGAAGAUCCAGCAGAGCUGGCGUCUGAAAAACUGGUCAUCUGGUCACUACUCGCAUGUCGUCAUCGAGCUCGAGGAAACUUCAUCGAGCACAAUGAUGACGUUGAAGCAGACCGGCAUUCCCGCCUCAGAGUACGAUGCGAUGAGGACAAACUGGCAUCGAUACUAUUGGCACAGCAUUAAGCAGACCUUUGGCUUUGGCAGCUCCAUUUCCGACGCCUUAUAAGGAGCACCUUUUCCGUCUCCCUCAUUCGGUUAAAUUGGACACACAUAGACACGGAUACUACACUACACUAGCUUCUCUGGUUGGCUUUGCUUAUCACUCGGAUUUGGAUUCGGAUUCGAUUUUGGAUUCCAUUACAGAACAGAACAGCGGCUGCAACUUGAUUAUCCAUCAUCCACCAUAAUAAGAACAACAAUCUCUAGUUAUAAUUUCUGUCCAGCUGCGCGCCAUUGCACUCUGUUAACAAUUUCAUUAUGAUAAUGGUAUUAAAGUACAUACAUAACGCAUACAUAUGUAAUGUAGAUGGAUUCACUGUACGACAACAGCAACACGUACAAACAAACACACUCACACACACAUAUAUAAAACAACCAUUCUAAGUGGCGAAAUAAAUGCGAAAUCGAAA